CAACGACAGCAAACAACGACGCACAAACAAAGCAGCCAAGAAGGACCUGCGCGCUGCUGCCACACCACGUCGUCCACCCCCCCCCCCACUGUCUAUCCUUUGUCUGUCUUCCCUUCCACAAAACAAAGCAACGAUGCGGCGAGUUGCGGUGAUUGGAGCUGGGGCUGCUGGCCUUGCUGCGGCGCGGCGGUUGAUGGCGUCCUUUGAUGUUGUCGUGUUUGAGCGCUCCUCCAAGGCCGGCGGAACAUGGAACUUCACCAUGGACCAGAGCGACGCCGUGCACUCGAGCAUGUACCGCGACCUGCACACCAACCUCCCCAAGCAGAUCAUGGCGUUCCCGGAGUUUGAGUUUACGCAGGGCAAAGAGACCUUUGUCCAUCACACAGAUGUGCAGGCGUACCUGGAGGCCUUUGCCGCACACUACGGCAUCAACGCCAUCACCCGCUUCAGGACGCAAGUGGUCCGCGUCGCCCACACCAGCAACAGCAAGGGCAGCAAGGGCAGCAACAGUAGCAGCAGCAGUAGCAGCAGCAGCAAUGGCAGUCGCGAUGCUGGUGAUGGCAGCAGCCUUGGCGAUGAAGAGGCGGACAGUGCGCCCUUGAGCGGCGAAGCACUCAUGGAGAAGGAUGGCGCAUGGGCGGUGCGGGUGGAGAGCCUGGAGACGGGCGAGACGGAGGACCUCACAUUCGAUGCAGUUGUCGUGUGCAACGGGCACUACGCCAAGCCCAUCAUGCCCAGCAUCCCAGGCCUGGACCGCUUCCAGGGGGAGGUUCUGCACAGCCACACGUACCGUAUGCCAGAGCCCUUUGCAGGCAAGCGGGUGGUGUGCCUUGGCGGCGGGCAGAGUGGCCGCGACAUCUCGCAGGAGCUGUGCGCCGUGUCUAACGCAGUCACGCUGAGCCACUACGACCCGGAGCGCCGGCUUGGCGAGCCGCCACUCGUGGAAAAGCCACCCAUCAAGGCGGUUGCAGAAGACGGAAGCAUCGUGUUUGAGGACGGCAGCAGCACCGCCGCAGACACGCUCAUCCUGUGCACGGGGUAUGCGUUCUCCUUCCCGUUUCUUGACGAGGCAUCCUGUGGCGUGCAGGUGGUGGACGACGGGCGCAUUGUGGACAAUGUGUACCGCCAGGUCUUCAACAUUGCACACCCGACCAUGACCUUUAUCGGCCUGCCCGUGAAAGUUCUCCCCUUCCCGCUGUUUGACCUGCAGUGCCAGUGGGUGCACGCGGUGUGGGCAGGCGCAAAGUCGCUGCCAUCCCGGCUGGAAAUGCACGCAGAGGUGGCGGCUGCGCGCGAGCAGCGGCGGCGGCUGGCGGUACCACGUCGCCACGAGCACGUGCUUGGUGGCACCCAGUGGGAGUACAACCGGGAGCUUGCGCGCCUGGCCGGCGUGUCGCCGCUUGAGCCGUGGCGAGAGGAGGUCUACCUCAAGAACAACGAGCUGCGCGCAAACAUGCCGUGGCAAUACAAGCUCAACACAUUUCACGUGGCCAAGGACGGCUCCUGGACCGUUGAUGUCGUGGACAAGCCGAGCACAAAGCAGCAGCAGCAGCAGCAGCAGCAGCAGGGGGGUGCAGAGGGGUGUGCAGAGGUACAUGAUGGGGCAGUCGUGCACCAGACGGCGUAAGCAAUCAGCGUGGUGAGUGUGUGUGUGUGUGUGUGUUGGAGUGGAAGGCUGGUCACAUGUUCACACUUGUGCAUCAGGUGACAUCGUGCGUCUGCAGUUUCGUUUCAGCUACCAGGCAAUGAUGUUGAUGGCAAGUGGGUUGUGGGUGAUGGUGGUCGAACCUAAACAAAUGCUACAGAUUAUGACUGUCCUCUUUUAUCUGUCAAGUACACAUCUGCCCAACAAGCCGACCC